AUGCGGCCCCUCACAGAGGAGGAGACCAAGGCCGUGUUUGAGAAGCUCUACAAGUUCAUAGGCAAGGACAUCAAGAGCCUCAUAGAGCGUCCGGACGGCCUCUACUGCUUCCGCCUGCACAAGAACCGCAUCUUCUAUGUCAGCGAGUCCAUCAUGAAGCGCGCCACAAACGUGGGGCGCGACAACCUGGUGUUCCUGGGGACCUGUGUGGGCAAGCUCACACACUCGGGGAAGUUCCGGCUCACCAUCGGCGCCCUGGACAUCCUCGCACAGUUCGCAAAGCACAAGGUGUGGGUCAAGCCGUCUGCGGAGAUGCAGUUUCUGUACGGCAACCACGUCGUCAAGUCUGGCCUGGGCCGCAUCACCGAGAACACGCCGUCCUACACCGGCGUCGUGGUGUACUCGAUGUCUGACGUGCCCCUCGGGUUUGGCGUCACCGCCAAGAGCACCAACGAGUGCCGCUCCAUGGACCCCAGCGGCGUCGUGGCGUUCCACCAAGCGGACUGCGGGGAGUACUUGAGAGCGGAGGACGACCUGUGA